AUGUUUUCUAUAAAGUUAAUCGGCCUACUGUGCUGCUUAACGGUGGCAAACUGCGUUGACUACGAUAUCGAGGACCGUGUACUCGUCCUCAACGACAGCAACUUCGAUGCGGCCAUUAAGGAGCACAAGCACGUGUUCGCCAUGUUCGACGUCUCCUGUUUGGACAAGUGCGAGGCCCUCGUGCCCAAACUUGCCAAGGCUGCCAAGCAGCUCGAGGAAGAAGGCUCGGACAUCAAGGUGGCCAAGGUGUACGCAACUUUCAAGGGCCUGCUCGUUUGGAAGUACACGCAGAGCUUGCCGAAACUCAUGUUUUUCCGCAACGGACAUCCGGUCGACUACAAGGGUAGCCAUACCAUAGAGGAGAUGAUCCAGUGGGUUAAGAAGAAAACCGAACCACCGGCUCAAAUACUCAGCACUGUGGACGAUGCGAGGAUCUUCGUGAACAGCGCGAGGGUCACCAUCGUGGGCUUCUUCAAAAACCAGACAAGCCUCGAGGCCAAAGAGUUCCUAAAGGCUGCGUACACUAUCGACCGGCACGCGUUUGCCAUCACAUCGGACGACGCCGUCUACAAGGAGCUUGGUGCCAGCAAGGACGGAGUGAUGCUCUUCAAGAAGUUUGACGAGCGCAGAAAAACUCUCGCAUUGAAGCCCACCUGUGAUAAGAUUCGGACAUUCGUCGCUGUGAACAGCCAGCCCCUGGUUGUGGUGUUGACGGCGCAAUAUGCCCAGCUAUACCUCUUCCAUUUUCAUCCCCCUUCCCCCUACCCACAAGAGAGGCUUCGGAGGAGUUCCUCCUCGGCUGCUCCACCCGGGACGCUCAGCGCUCCCUGCUGGCCCACGCCCGAGCAGCGAUGA